AUGUGCGACAACGACGAACAAGGUUUCCAGUUUUCCAAAGUGGUUACGGUGCACAUCAUCAGCGGAGUCCCGAACAUUCUGGAGCUUCAUUGCAAAUCAAAAGACGAUGAUUUCGGAACACCUUACUUCCGCACUGAUCUGGAAUUUAGUUGGAAGUUCGGACCCAACUUCUCGCAAGUCACACUUUACUUCUGUUACUUCAAGUGGGAUUCCAAGGCCAGAAGUUUCGCUGUUUACAAUCGUAAGUUGCGUCGUUUCUGUAAGUUUUCUCUUAAUCCGUACCCGACUUGCUAUUGGGCCACAAAACCUAACGGUUUCUACAUCAGCGUUUGCAGUUUUCCAUAA